AUGAGCUACGAUUCCUACUCCUCCUACCGCCGCCCCUGGGACAGCUACAGAAGCGCCCGCACCACCAAGUCCUCCACGGCCUCCUCCUUCUACUCCUCCAGAGCUCCUCCGUCCGGGAAGAGGACCGUGAGGCUGGCCUCCGCUUCCCAGCCAGAUGGGUCAGAGAGGAUGAACCUGGCUCAGGCCAGCUCGCUCAACACAGAGCUGCUGGGUCUGCGCUCCCAUGAGAGGGAGCAGCUGGGGGACCUGAACGACCGCUUCGCCACCUACAUCGAGAAGGUGAGGCACCUGGAGCAGCAGAACCGGGCCCUGCUGGCCGAGCUGGACGGGCUGAGGAGGUGGCAGAACGACCCGUCCCGUCUGCAGGCGCUCUACGAUGGAGAAGUGCGGAGUUUGAGGACCAUGAUAGACUCGGAGAACGGGGAGAAGAUGCAGAUGGACGCGGAGAGGGACUACCUGCAUGACGUGUAUGAGCAGAUGAAGGAGCGCUUUGAGGAGGAGGCGAGGAGGCGUAUGGAUGCUGAGGAGGCCCUGCAGACGGCCAAAGAGGAGGCGAGCAGGGCCAUGCUCUCCAACUGUGACACCGAGGCCACCGUGGUGUCUCUGUGUGAUGAGAUGGUGUUCCUGAAGAAGGUCUAUGCAGAGGAGCAGGCAGAGCUGCAGGCCCAGCUGCAGAUGGCUAACAUCAGCGUGGAUGUGGAGGUGUCCCGACCUGACCUGUCCACCGCCCUGCGGGACAUCCGGACGCAGUACGAGCGGCUGGCCAACAAGAACAUGCAGGCCGCCGAGGACUGGUACAAGAGCAAGUUUGCGAGCGUGGCAGAGAUGGCCAGCAAGAACAACGAGGCCGUGCACGCCAUCCGGGAGGAGACCAUGGAGUACCGGAGACUCCUUCAGACACGCUCCUCGGAGAUAGAGUCGCUCCGGAACGUCAUCGAAUCCUUAAAUAAGCAGAUGGAGGAGCUGGAGGAGACGCAGGCCAACGAGGGGUCCAAGUACCAGGUGAGGAUAAGUGAGCUGGAGCAGGACAUCACCGAGGCCAAGCAGGAGAUGGGGCGCUACCUGAGGGACUAUCAAGACCUGCUCAACGUGAAGAUGGCGCUCGACAUCGAAAUAGCAGCGUACAGGAAACUUCUGGAGGGGGAGGAGAUUCGCCUGGCUUGCCCCUCCCACCACGCCCUGAACUAA